AUGGCAUCAAACUUGACUCCAUCCUCUGGUCAAGAUUCAACUACCCAUUCUCAAUCAAGUAGAAGUAAGACCGAUCUUGCAUGGGAGCAUGUUUCUGAAGAAAGAUAUGGAAAUGGAAGGAGAGCUCUUAUUUGUUUGUAUUGUAAAAAGAUUACAAAAGGUGGAGGUAUUCAUAGAAUGAAACUACAUCUUGCUGGAGUGAAAGGAGAUAUUGGUCCAUGUAAAUCGGUUCCACCUGAUGUCAGAUUUCGCAUGGAAAAUUCUUUGCAAGAGUUUGUGAAUGCUAAGAAAGCAACCAAAGAAGCAGAUGAAUAUAGAAAUCCUUAUGGUCCUAAUGUGUCACAAUUUGAAGGAGAUAUGGCAAAAGGUGAAGAAGAGGUUCAAGAAAUGCAAAGUCCUAUGGCAGCUAGUAGUGGAAAAAGGAAAAAAUCAACAGUGGAUAAGUAUUUUGCACCAAGAAAUACACAAGGAGCUCAACCUUCCAUGAGGAGUGUGCUAGCUGGGAAAGAAGCUACUUGGAGAGCGGAUAUGGCGGUUGGGAGAUUCUUUUAUGAUGCAUGCAUUCCUACUAAUAUUGUGAAUUUCUUCUACUUCAAGCCAAUGUUGGAUGCUAUAUCUGCAAUUGGUCCUAGAUAUAAGGGUCCAAAUUACUAUCAGUUGCGGAUUAAUCUUUUAAAGGAUGCUAAGAAGGAAGUUCAGUUACUUGUGGACUCUUAUCGUGCAAUUUGGGCAAAAGUUGGGUGUACAAUAAUGGGUGAUGGAAUAUCGUUUGUGAAAUCUGUUGAUGCUUCGGACAUUGUCAAGGAUGCAACUAAUUUGUUUCAGUUAUUUGAUGAGGUGAUUGAAUGGGUGGGUCCACUCAAUGUAGUUCAUGUAGUGACUGAUAAUGCAGCAAAUUUUGUGGCCACGGGGAGAUUGAUUUCUCAGAAGCAUAAACACAUUAAUUGUUGGUUGAGAAAAAGAGAAGGAUGGACAGAGAUUCUGCGACCUGGUGCAACUCGCUUUGCUACUACUUUCAUUGCACUCAAGAGUCUUCAUGAUCAUAAACAUGACUUGCAAGCUUUGGUGACUAGUAAGUUCUUUGUGGACUCUAGAUAUUCAAAGGAUUAUAAAAGCCAAGUUGCAGUUUCCAUAAUCUUGGAUAAUAGAUUUUGGAAUGAUUGUUUGAUUGUUAUGAAUCUUAUGUCUCCACUAAUGCGUUUAUUGCGUAUUGUUGAUUGUGAUGAGAGGCCUUCGAUGGGAUAUGUGUAUGAAGGCAUGUAUAAGGUUCGUUUGGGCAUUAAGAAAUUGUUUAACUACAGCGAAAGACUAUACAAGCCUUAUACAAAGAUCAUAAAGCAACGUUGGGAUCAACAACUAACGAAAAGCAUUAAUUCAGCAGCUUAUUGGUUGAAUCCAUGUUUCCAAUAUGAUCAAGAAAACUUUUGCAAUAAGCCAAAUGUUAUUGGAGGUGUUAUGGAUGUUAUUGAUCAAAAAGUUCUGAAAGGCAAGAUUGAAACAAUGAAUGAAAUGAGGUUAUUUCGUGAUCGAUUGGGAAGUUUUGGAAGAGACCUUGCUUAUUCUUCACGUGAAGUACUUCAAUCUGAUGAAUGGUGGAGGCUACAUGGAUACAGUGCACCACAUUUACAAAAGUUGGCCAUUCAAAUAUUGAGCCAAACCGCAUCGUCUUCUGGAUGUGAGAGGAAUUGGAGUGUCUUUGAACGUAUACAUACCAAAAGAAGGAAUAGAUUGGAACAUCAAAGACUUAAUGAUCUUGUAUACGUUCAUUACAAUUUGCGGCUAAAAAAUCGGUUUUAUAACAAGAAAAGAAUCUAUGAUCCCAUUGACUAUGCAUGCAUUGAUGAGACCGAUUUUUGGGUAGUUGAUGACGAUCAGCCAGCAGAGCUAGAUGUUGAAGAAUUGGAAAAUCUUCUAUAUGAAGAAGGGUCAAUUCCAAUAAAUGAAGUGGAAGGUUCAAGUUUUCACAUUGGUUAG